UCUAACGUCAGUGCCGUUCUGUCAGUAUUUAUUAAUACUACUGUCAUAACAAAGCCGAGUAACUUUAAUUUAAUAAAAAAUAUUCAUUUAAAACAAUACGCAAAAUGCUCACUUUGUGGAAUUUGUUUGAAGCUUCAUUGCUUUGCUUGAAUGCUGUCUGCGUUCUGCACGAAGAAAGAUUUAUGCAAAAAAUGGGCUGGGGUGCCAAUAAUCAGAACCAAGGAUUCGAAGACCAAUCAACAGUGAAGUUCCAAAUUUUAAACUUGGUCAGAUCUAUUAGGACAGUCACCAGAAUUCCAUUGAUUAUACUCAAUAUACUAACAAUAAUUUUUAAAUUACUACUGGGAUAAGAGAGGAACAUAUUUUGUACUUAGGCUUAUAUGAAGAAACCUGUACCAGGAAUACGGAACAAGAACUCGUGAAGGACAUUGUUUUUGCUGGUAAUUACGAAGCUUUCAGAUAUUAAAAACUUAUUUCUA